CUGCCUUGUUUACGUUUUCCAUUCCGUCAUCGGAAUCACAAUUUCUCCAAAGAAUCUUAACUUUAACAACCUUUCCUGUUUUUUUAAUAACGCAAAACUCGAUAGCUUCAGCUUUUGACAAUGGAUCUGGCACGAGUUCCCAACGAGCGCAAGUUGUACCUCUGCAAAUGGUACUUCAAAGUCGGAUUUGCGCUGCUUCCGUUCGUGUGGGCCAUCAACACCUGCUGGUUCUUUAGUGAAGCCUUCCGAAAGCCGGCGUACGAUGAGCAGAAGGAGAUUAAAAAGUAUGUGAUAUUUUCCGGCAUUGGUUCCCUCAUUUGGCUGGUGGCCAUCCUAUCCUGGGUGACGACGUUCCAGCUGAAGCGUACCGACUGGGGAGAUUUCGCGGACAGCAUCAGCUUCAUCAUUCCACUUGGGCGAGCUUGAGAUCAAAGAUCAAGCACUGAUUAGUUUUUAAGAUUUCAACAUGUCUCACAAAGAAUUUAUUUUCUUUUAUUUAUAAAAUCUAUUGCCAACCCACGACUCUCAAUAAAGUUCACCAUCG